AUGGUGAAUGUUCAGACUUUAGUAUUUUUGGUGUAUUGUUUUCAAUUUGUAAAUGGAGAGGCAGUGGAAUCCAGCACUGUAUCCACUUCAAGUCAAGGGGCUGCGAUACCAGAUGAAUCUCAAGCCCGAACAAUAUCAGCUGAACUGAGAGAAUGCGGUUUACGAAUAACAGGACCAGGUUUGAAAUGGGAGAAAGAGAAAGUUGACGAUUGCUCCACAGCGUACGCCGAUCCACCAGAGAUACCAAAAAUAAAUGGAGAAGCAGGUGCUCAGGGAAGGCAAGGGUUGAUGGGAGAAAAAGGAAUACAAGGACCACGUGGAUUAGAGGGGGAGAAAGGUGACAAAGGACCGAUAGGUGAAGGUGGUAGUGGGGGAGAAAAGGGGGAUCGAGGUUCUACAGGACUCAAAGGAGCGAAGGGUGAUCAGGGUGCCUCAAUUCCUGGUCUUCAGGGGCCUCCCGGUCCACCAGGCCCUGAUGAUGUAUACAGCCAUCUUUUGAAUGUCGAAUUACCGAAGAAUGACGUCAUAAGUGAUGUAUCAAUGCCUGAACCGGGCAAGACGAAUCCCGGUUCCCAGUUGAAUCCAGCGAAAUCGUGCGCAAACGUUGAAUCUGAGGGCGAUCCUGAUGGAGAUUACUAUCUAAACCCCGAAAGCGAGUUUAUUGCGAAGUGUGAUUUUAUAAAACAAAGCACCUGUCUAAGUCUAACGUAUGAAGAGCAACCUACACUAUGCGACAGGAAUCCAUGUUGGCUGUUCAAGUCUGGGUUCAAUAUUGGGAAAUUUUAUAAUAAUCAAUUACACAAUAUAAAAUAUCUAAGCACCUUAAACGGAACGACACAUUCCACUCACACGUUUUCCAUUGUUUGCAAAUACCUGACAUUGAGCGAAGAUUCCAAUUUGCAAAUACAAUUAUAUCACAUGCUGUUAAUUGGACCUGAAGCGUCGGACGCGACGCCAUUGUAUUAUAAAGUCCAUAGUGACGAUUGCACUUCAGAGAAUGACGAGGGAUCUGCUGAAAUAGUAUUAACAAUAAACGGUCCGUUCUUACCAAUCACGGACUUUUAUAUAAGAGAUUUUAAUGAAGAAUCUGAACUUAUAUUUGAAAGAACUCAAAGUAAAUUAACAAUGGUUAUUGUUCGGACGUUUGUGUUUUUAGUGUGUUUUUAUGUAAUAUGUGGAGAUGCCGCUGAAUUCAGAACACCGCUUAAUGAAACUCCAGAGGGGCCUAAAAUAGAAGCUGUCUGGGAUGAAGAAUGCGCAAUACGAAUAACAGGUUCUGGCUUGAAAUGGAAGAGAAAAACCAACGCCUGCUCUGCACCAGGUCAACGAGGAGCACCUGGUAUCGUUGGUCCUCCUGGUAUUAAAGGUGCGGCGGGAUCUCCUGGUAUACCAGGGCCUAUGGGACAAAAGGGAAUACUUGGGGACCAAGGUCCACCAGGAGUGCGGGGACCAAAGGGAGAUAAAGGCACACCGGGAGAGACUGGUCAAAAAGGAGAAACGGGACAUGCGAUAAGGGGACUUCCCGGUCUUCCUGGAGCCCCGGGCACUGUUCCUGGUCCAACGGACCAAUGCAAGGGCGAAUAUUACUUCCUUAACCCAAUAAACAAAUUUUUCGCAAAAUGUGACAUUAAAAGCAACAAUGUUUGUGUCAAUUUCCUAAAUACAAGUCAGAGAUGGCAUAAAGUCUGCGAAAAAACCUCGCCAUGUUGGCUCCUACAGUCAAAUUUAAAUAUGGACGAACUAUACGGUAAUAAUAUGUAUGCCAAUAUUGAGUAUUUAAGCAAAUUCCCGACGUUAGAUUAUAACACGCAAACAAUUCAAAUUGACUGCAAAUACGUUAGCAUAGAGAACAUGAGAAUUUUACUCCUACACAGCCUCAAAAUUGGAACGGAAGCUACAGAUCAAACAUCGGUGUAUUAUGAAAUUAUUAAUACCACUUGUAAUAAAGACACCGAGGCUGGUAAAGCUGAAUUACAAAUAAGAUUAGCUGGACCAUUUUUGCCAAUAACUGACCUUUACAUCGCGGAUAGUACAAAUCAUUCGGAACUAUCUAUUAAAGUCACUAAAGUCUGCUUCUACUACAAACUUAAGUAA